AUGCGCCAAGAAUGGCGGCGGGACAGGACCGCUCCAGGUGGCGACCAUUAUCGGGAGGAGACCUUGGACCGUCGAGGUAGUCGUGGCGAAAGCGCGGAAUAUAUAAGAAGACCGCGAAUCAAUGAGCAACACGUCGGGCGAUAUGAUGGGGUAGAAGGUUGGAGACCAGACCGACGAAGACCGUAUCGAGCACCCUCCAGCGUACCAUAUAGAACAGAGAACCGUGAUGACACAGGUGAUGACAGAGGCGGCCGUGGCGAUCGUGCAGACGUUGAGCGGUCGUGGGAAGCCACGUCGAGCGACGAGUAUAAAUUGCGGGGGGGUCCAGCACGAAGAGAACGGAAGGACCCGGAAGAUAUUGACCUCCAAGGCCCCGUUUCACGAGGCGUCGCUUCCCAUGUCCCCGUUUCCCGAAGUGCCUUCAGAAGCUUUCCGACCGGCGAGAGUGACAGCCGUUCGCAAGUCAGUAGCAGCACGUGGCGCACGGUGGCCAGUAGUAAGCGCCAGCGUGAGCAGAUGGAGGAGGGGCAUAUCGUGCCGCGAUUACAAGAGGCGGUUUUGCGCGGGUUGGUGUUCGUGGAGGGCAACGUGGUAAGCUCGUCACGUAAAUCCGUUGCACGCAAAUCCGCAAACGAAGACACGGACCUGGGUUCGAAUACCGGCGGUGGUAACGAACCGAGCGGCAGUCGUAGCGAACCGAGCGGCGGUCGUAGCGAACCCAGCGGCGGCCUCAGCAAGCCCAGUGGCGGUGAUAGCGAACCAUCGACUGAAGUGUUUUUGAGUGAACUGGCGCGCGAGAUCGAAGAGAAAACAUAUCGGGACGCAGAGAGGGCAUGGUACAACGAGCCGGAGCAGAGUGUUUACGGGGGUGGUACGAGUGCGCGCCAGAGGCAGCGGAUGGCGGGUUAUCGACGUCACCAUUUGAAACAGCAGGUCCAACAGGAUACGUCAUGGGAAUUGAACCGGCUGGCUAGCGUAGGUUUAGUGGUCGAGGCGGGACAGACCAACUUGGUUGAUGACUACCAAAUGGUCAGGAAUAUCAUUCAUGUUAAACACAUCGACCCACCUUUCCUAUCCGGUCUCUCUGGCACCGUGGGAUUACUACAACACAAGGAUAUCAGUACUACAGUUGACCCAAAUAGUGACAUGGCGAAAGUGGCCAAACAUGGCUCGCCUUGCCUCAAGAAAAUGAAGGAAGAAGCAGAACAGUCCAGAGCCCAAGAUAAGUUCUGGCAACUUGCCGGCACUGCCAUGGGCAAGGUUAUUGGUGUCAAAGACACCGUUGCUGAAGACGACCUCAAAGCCAUUGAGGAAAUAGAAAAAUCGGAACCUAUCUCCAACUUGGGUCGCAGUUUGUUGGCGUCGUCCACCCGUCAAAGUCGAGCAGACAUGGAGGCAGCCCGGUCGCGACUGCCCGUGACGUCUUGCAAGGAGGCGAUGUUGUCUGUGAUACGCGAAAAUCAGGUAUCCAUAAUUGUUGGUGAGACGGGUUCGGGUAAGACGACUCAGUUGACGCAAUUGUUGCUGGAGGCAGGGUUCGGUGGUCGGUUGUUGGCUGAGGAUCAGGUGGUUCCGCGAGUGCAUACAAGCGGUGGAGACGCGAGUGACGUGAGUGACGCCAGUGACGCGAGUGACGCGAGUGACAACGGAAAGGAUCCCGGAUCGAAUCCCGGAUCGAAUCCCGGAUCGAAUCCCGGAUCGAAUCCUGGAUCGAAUCCCGGAAAGGAUCCCGGAUCGAAUCCUGGUGCCGGACGUGGUUCUAAUCUUGGUCCCGGAUUGGGAUUAAAUCCAGGUCCGGGAGGAUGGGGUUCAAGUUUCGGGUCGAGUAUGAGGAGUAUAAGAUCGGGCAAGUACCGAUACUCAAUGAUUGGUUGCACGCAACCGCGUCGUGUGGCGGCUGUGUCGGUGGCGAAGCGUGUGGCGGAUGAGCAAGGAUGUGUGUUGGGGAGAGAGGUUGGUUACUCUAUUCGUUUCGAGGAUUGUACAAGUGAGGUGACCCGGAUUAAGUACAUGACAGAUGCGUUCUUAUUGAGGGAAGUGUUAUCUGAUCCGGAGUUAGAGAAGUAUAGUGUUAUAAUCAUGGAUGAGGCUCAUGAACGAUCAUUAGCGAGUGAUGUGUUAUUCGGAUUAUUGAAAGAGUUAAUAUGUCGGAGAUCUGACUUUCGUGUGGUGAUAACAUCAGCGACGAUGAAUGCAGAUACUUUUAUUAAGUUCUUUGGACACGCACCAGUUUUCACUAUACCUGGACGCACGUUUCCUGUAAAGAUGGAAUACCUACGAUCGGUACCUCUUGACUACGUGGAACAAACAGUACAUCAGUGUCUUAAAAUACACACGCAAUAUUCCUUUGACCCAGAUGAUCCAAGUGAUGUACUGGUCUUCAUGACUGGUCAAGAUGAUAUAGAAUGUGUUUGCACACUACUUGCUGAACGCGCUGUGUCACUAAAAGAUCUGGAACCUCUGGCCAUUCUACCCAUUUAUAGCACACUACCAGCCGACUUGCAGGCCCGUGUGUUCCAACGGACACUUUAUCGUAAAGUCAUUGUGGCCACAAACAUUGCUGAAACCUCUCUUACAUUAGAUGGUGUACGCUUCGUCGUAGAUGCCGGAUAUUGCAAACUGAAAGUCUUCUCGCCCCAAAUUGGCAUGGACGCGCUACAACUAACCCCUAUCAGUCGCGCUAAUGCCAACCAGCGUGCUGGUCGUGCUGGCCGUACUGCACCGGGCAUCUGCUUCCGACUCUAUACUGAGAAUGCCUUUUAUACGGAGAUGUUUGCCGCACAAAUCCCCGAAAUCCAGCGCACCAAUCUCGCGCAUGUAGUCCUACUACUCAAGUCUCUCAACGUCAAACAAAUCGCCGACUUCCCUUUCGUUGACCCACCCUCCCUCGAAACGGUUCAACAGGCACAGGUACAACUCUGGCUUCUUGGCGCGCUCAACGAUCAGGGAGAACUUACAAGUCUUGGUCGCAAGAUGGCCCACCUUCCUGUUGACCCGUCACUUGCACGUAUGCUCCUGACCGCAGAUCGUCUUGGUUGUGUACAGGAAGUGGUUAACAUAGUUGCUAUGCUCUCUGUACCCACCGUGUUUUUCCGACCAAAAGAUCGUCAAGAGGAAGCGGAUAGUGCCCAUGAAAAAUUCUGCGUACCAGAGUCAGAUCAUCUCACACUACUAAAUGUCUGGCAACAGUGGCAUAACCAUCGAUGUUCACCUGCAUGGACGGCGAAACAUUUCCUGCACCAAAAGGCAUUGCUUAAAGUGCGAAGUGUCCGCGAACAGAUUAUGGAUAUUUUGAUGAGCCAGAAAAUACCUCUGGAAAGCAAAACCCACGAUUCCGCCUAUAUCCGCCAGGCCAUCGCCUCCGGGUACCUACACCAUGCCGCCAAGGUCAAGGGUCUAGGCGAAUACGUCAAUUUACAGACCUCCUUCCCCUGUCACCUACACCCCAGCAGCAGUCUUAUCGCAAGUGGGAUCGUGCCUGAUUAUGUCGUCUACCACGAAGUCAUUUUCACCACACGCGAAUACAUGCAAACUGUCACGGCCAUCGAACCUGAAUGGCUAGCAGAACUUGCGCCCAACCUUUACUCCAUUCGUACCGCCGGACCUCUAGGACCAUAA